AUGACAUAUCACAUGCACUACGACCCGAACAUGUUUGGAGGAGUUCUCCAGUCUGCCUCUCAAGCUACUGACCUCACUGCACCUCCCAUCAAAGUCAAAGUCGGACAAAGUGGUGCUUCUUUCUCUGUCCACAAGAAAACACUGUGCCAAGCAUCGGAACAUUUCAGAGCCAUUUUUGCCAACCCGAAGACAGAGAUCGCUGUUCCUAUAGAACUUCCAGACAUCAGCGCCACCACCUUUAACCUCUACGUAAAUUGGUUGCGUGACAGGAAAAUCUACGCCGGACUCAAAGACAACGAAACUCCCGCGAAGAAUGGUGUCACCGCAAGACUGAUUCUGGCCUAUCGCCUCGCAACCAAAAUCUUGGACAUCGACUUCCACGACGCGAUCACAGAUGCCAUGAUCACUCAUUGGAGCAGCUACGAUGCGGAGGAGGACCGAUACUGGCUACCCCACCAGCGAUUCCGAAAAAUACUCUACAACCUCACUUCACCUGGAUCUAAGGCACGCGCGCUUCUCGUACACAGAAUGACAACUCAUAAAGCAACUAGAGCUGUCAACAAGCACGAUCAUCCCGCUUUCCUGGCAGACUUCGAAAAGAAACUGAAAGAGAAAGACCCCGACUCAGCUUCGUUGGCCGCUGCGAAGUGCAAGUACCAUGAGCACAUGCCAGGAAGCGAGAACUGCUACCGGAACAAAUUCGCCCGCAGGACCACUCUGCAACAGGACGACAAGUACUUGACUGCAGAGACUCUGGAGGAAGAAAAUAAGGGCUGUGACUGUGUCACAAUUAAGCAAGAAGACAUUCAUGACACAGGAGGCACGGUGAAAGAAGAAGACAAGCACUGGAUUGGAGUCACUGUGAUGAGGGAACACCCCAGAAGGACUGUGGAAGAAGAAGACAAGCACUUGACUGAAGUCAAAAUCAAGAAGGAAGACGAGGACUGA